UUCAACGCCAGCAAGUGUAUCAUUUGUGAAGAGCAUUGUGCUAAAAGUUUGAGUACAAACUAAAAUAUUUUACAAAAAGAAAUAAUAUAUACAAAUAAAUAAUAUAUACAAAUAAAUAAUAUAUACAAAUAAAUAAUAUAAAAUGGGUGGCCACAACGAUCAAAACGGAAACUCCAAUGGCCAGCACGAUGAUGAUUCUAUCACCGAGCCUGAGCACAUGCGUAAAUUGUUCAUUGGUGGUCUGGAUUAUCGCACCACUGACGACAAUUUAAAAGCGCAUUUUGAGAAAUGGGGCCAAAUUGUCGAUGUAGUCGUCAUGAAGGACCCGCGCACAAAGCGCUCUCGCGGCUUCGGUUUUAUCACCUACUCACAUUCGAGCAUGGUAGACGAAGCACAAAAAGCGCGUCCCCACAAGAUCGAUGGCCGUGUUGUAGAACCCAAGCGCGCGGUGCCACGCCAAGAUAUUGACUCGCCCAAUGCGGGCGCAACGGUCAAGAAACUGUUUGUUGGCGCACUGAAGGACGACCAUGAUGAGGAGAGUCUGCGUGAAUAUUUCCAACAUUUUGGCAGUAUUGUCGAUAUUAACAUUGUCAUGGAUAAGGAAACGGGCAAAAAGCGUGGCUUCGCCUUUGUCGAAUUUGAUGACUACGAUCCCGUGGACAAAGUUGUGUUGCAAAAACAGCAUCAGCUUAAUGGAAAAAUGGUGGACGUAAAGAAAGCAUUGCCUAAGCAGAAUGAAAUGGGAGGCGGCGGCGGUGGUGGACGUGGUCAGGGAGGUCGCGGUGGUGGCGGCAAUCGGGGUGGCAACAUGGGCGGUAAUAUGGGUGGGGGUGGCAACUUUGGCAACCAGAACGGCGGAAACUGGGGAAAUCGCGGCGGUAAUGACAAUUGGGGUAAUAGCAACUUUGGCGGCGGCUACGGAGGUGGCGGCAACAACUGCUGGGGCGGCAAUAACGGACCGUGGGACAACAAUUGGGGCAACAAUGGUGGCGGUAACUUUGGCAGUGGCGGCGGCGGUGGCAACGGCAACUGGGGCAAUAAUGGUGGCAAUGACUUUGGCAACUAUCAGCAGGGUUACAGCGGGGGUCCACAACGUGGCGGCAACUUUAGCAAUAAUCGCAUGCAGCCCUACCAAGGUGGCGGCAACUUUGGCAACAAAGCAGGAGGUGGAAACCAAGGCAAUUAUGGUGGAAACAAUCAGGGCUUCAAUAACGGUGGCGGCAACAAUCGCAGAUAUUGAAAAGGCCCCCCGAACGAGGUGGUAAAUUAGCAGUGGCUCAGUAUGUGCCCAAAAGUCAAAGUCAAGUAAACCAUAACCAUACGCAAUUCAAUGAUAUGAGCAACAACUCAUAUUCUACCUAAAAAAAAACAAACAAAAAAAAGAAGUUUUCCGAGAAUCAACUACCUACCACAAUACCAAAAUCAUGACAGAAGAUAAAAAUAUCAGGAACAGGUGCAGUGCAGAGUCGUAAGGAGAAUUGGUUCAGUCGAAAAAGAGUCAGUACAAGUACAGAGAGCAGAGCAGUGUGUAUGUGUGAGUGUGUGUCACAGCAGCAGCAGCAGCAAAGAUUUAAACAGAAAACAGAGAAAAACGAGAAGUAAAAGCACAGCAGCAGCAUCGAAAGAGCGAACCUCACACAUACGCAUCAAUCAGCAGUACACGUACACAGCAGCAGCUGGCCAGGAUUCAUUCGAUUGAGAUUGAGAGUAAUUUGCACAGUUACGAUAAUUAUACUUAUGAUUAAAUACAUAAUACUACCUACCUACAACACACACGACGCCACGUCCCGAUUCGUGCGUCGAACGUCGAAAACAAUUCAAUAUUCAAUAGCAUUAUAAUAUUUAUAUAUCUACUACUACAACACAUAUAUUCAACAAACAUUUUAUAUAGUAAACCCACAAAAUAAGUAAAAGCAACAUUGUAAAAUAGAAGAUUGAUUGUCAAGUCGUUGAGCUAAUUAAGAUAAAGCUAAAAGAAAAAAACUAUGAAAAGAAACAAGCAAUCAUACAAAGAAGAAAUAUCAUCAAAUCCA